GGCUGUCAAGGAAGAAGCACGAAUGAUUAUAUAAUAUUUGCAUAGUCACAUAAUACGAUCUUGAAGAAACUUGACAGGAGGAUGGGUAACGAUUUGUUUGAAGAACUUGAGCAACCACACAUUCCUACCCAGGAAGGAAGCAACUCAGGUUUCACUCGGCAAAUUAACCUGGAAUACAAAGAAUAGGCGACCAGGUUGUCCUUUAAUACUAAGUUAUUUUAAGAGUUGUUAUUUAUCCUGCAAUAAAAAUUUCGCCUAAUUUUCAUUUUGCGUCGAAAACUUGCCAUAUUUGUGGGACCACUUAAAUCUUAAUCAUGAAGAGGAUAUAUUUCAAAAUAUCCUGGAAGUAUUGGGAAUGAAUGGGGAUGAACAAUCUGUAGACGGGUCUGGACCCCCAGAUAACGAGGUUGAACCGCCUGAGAACAAUUCUAGUCAACCUAAUAACGAACAUGAACAGCCCGUUAGUGAUCCCAUACUGCCAGAGAAUGAGCCCAGACAGCUUGCAAACGAGCCCGAAUUACUUGAAAAUGAUUGUGGGCCACCAGGAAAUAAGCCCCAACCACUUGAAAAUGUGCCUGAACCACUUGAAAACAAGCUUCAACCGCCAAACUUCAAUAAUAAGCCUGAACCACCCAUAAAUGAGACAGCAUCACCUACCCAUGCAGUGUAUGUAUCUUGUGAAGAAAGACUUGAGACAUUUUGGUCAUGGCCAAUUUCGUUGGAGGUUCAACCAGAAAAUCUAUAUAAAGCAGGAUUCUUUUACACUGGAAAAAGUGGUAGAAAUGUGCAGCUGGGUGAAUUCCGAUGAUCCUUGGUGUGAGCAUGCUAAAUGGGCCCGAAGUGCCCAUAUCUUCUCCAGGAAAAAGGCAAAGAUUUUGUGGAAAAUGUAUUAAGGAAUCGGAAAACUCCAAAAGCUUCCAAGGACUUGAAAUAUGUUAAAGCCCUUGCAGAACGAAAAAAAUGUAUGAAAUUGAUAAUGCUAUUCUAUUUACAUCAAGGUCAGCUAAUGGAUCAGCAGCUGAUUCUCGGGCAGAUGUAUCUAAAGGGGCAGUUAAGAAAACUGGCUAUUGUGUUGGAUCUAAAGAUGAUGCAGGUAAAGGAAGUAAGGUUAAGGCAUUGAAAGGGUCUCUUUCAGAAU